AUGGCCCGAGCACCACCUCUCUUCAUCCGAAAGACCUUCAUCCUCUUCUCCGGCGCCCCGAGAGAGCUCGCAGAGUGGGCAAGGAACGGGACAACGAUCUUGAUCCAUGACUCCCACGUCUUUGCGCGCGAGCUCCUCCCGCGCCACUUCAAGCACAACAACUUUCUCUCGUUCGUGCGGCAGCUCAACUUUUACGGCUUCCACAAGUGCAAGCGCGACGACGGCAGCGGCGUCAUCUGGGAGUUCCAGCACGAUGCGUUCGUACAACACAAGCCAGAGCUCAUGCGGACCAUCCAGCGCCACCAAGCAGCACCCGUGGUGGUAGCAAGCCCAACUAAGCCGUCACCGCCGGACGAGACUGCGAUGGUUGCGCUACGUCGGCAGAUCCAGGCUGUCCAGACCCAAUUUGACCAAGCGGCGCGCCAAAUCUCAGAGCUCUCGCAGGUCAUUGCCAGCCUCGACGAGCCACACAAGACCUCCUUUCCCGAGCCGAUCUCGAACCGUUUGAUGUCGGGCGAGCUGUGGUCAGCGUUUUGA